ACGAAUCGUCACUGUAGUCGUAUCGCGGGUUCGUAAGUAAACAGACCGAUUACCGGGAAAUAAAGGACACGGCUUACUGUUCCACCGAAAUUCGUUAAACGCGAUCCCACGUGCAGAACUUCUGAAAUUUUAAUUUGAUUUUGCAUUCUGCGAAAACAAGCUUUUCCAAAAAUACGAGCAAUGACGUCUCCUAAUAAAGAUUGUGCUUUUUGCGGGGAUAAUGCGACUCUCAAAUGUUGUGGCUGCGAAAAUUUAUAUUACUGCUGCAAAGAACACCAGAAGAUACAUUGGGAUAAGCACUCUAAAGAUUGCAAACCGUACAAGUUAGUGCAGGACAAAGAAUUGGGAUCUUACUUUGUCACCACAAGGAACAUCAAGGUUGGAGAAGUCCUUUUCAAAGAAAAACCUCUGCUGACUGGCCCCUGUUGGUCUACCGCUCCCGUGUGUCUGAACUGCUUCGUGUCGCUAAAGAAAGAUAAUGCAAAACCUUGCACAAAAUGCGACUGGCUUCUUUGUAAAAACUGUAAGGGGCAUGGACCGGAAUGUGAUUUCAUUGCUUCUCGCAGAUUCGAAAAGCUAGCGAACAUUGAGUUCAGCAGCACAAGUCCAGAUAGUGAUCAUAUAAAUGUUCUAAACCCACUUUAUGAAAGCAUAAAUGUUAUAAAAAUAUUAUCUAUGAAAGAUGCCGAUCCACCAGCUUAUGAAAAAGUGAUGUCGCUCGCGAGACCAAAUAGUGAGCUCGAGGACCUCCAAGAUAUGAUAAAUAUGAUUUCUAUCAUCAGAAAGUAUUUUAAAAUGGAAAACAUAACCGACGAAGAGAUCAUGAAAGUCACGAUAAUCCUGCAGCUCAACGGAUUCACAGUUCCCCGAGCAAAACCAUCACAUCUUGCAGUUUACGAGUUAUCGUCAUUUACUGAGCACAGUUGUAGACCAAACUGUACGAAAAUGUGGUCGAGUGAAAAUGAAUUCAUUGUUCAGGCCGUGACACCUAUAGCUAAAGGAGAUCACAUAACCCUGAGCUAUAUAAACCCGUUAUGGGGUACUAAAAUUAGGAACUCUAAACUCUUCCUUAAAAGAUAUGCGUAUUGUAACUGCGACAGAUGUAAGGAUCCCACCGAAUUUGGCGUAAUGUUUAACGCUCUGAAAUGCGCUGACGUUGAAUGUCCUGGAUACGUUCUGCCAGAAACAUUCCUCGGAACAGAACCAUUGCCCUACAUAUGUGACACUUGUAAAUCGGAGAUGAGCUGCGAUCAGGUGGAGCGGAUUUUAGAAGGUGUACGCAGCAAUUUUCUGAAGACAAGGGAUGAGAGUAUUACUGCGUGUGAUAAAUUUUUGAAACGUUACGAUAUCAUUCUACAUCCGAAUCACUUUUACAAUGUCGGCAUUAUGAUAGCUUUGGUUGAAUUCCUUAGACCAGAAUGUCUAAAAUUGGAAAAUGAAAAUCUUCUGGUCGAACGGUUAGAAUUAUUCGAAAAGCUCAAUCAGUUGCUGAAAACUAUCGCGCCUGCUGAAAUUCAUAUUCGGGGGACUAUAAUUAGACUGCACGCACUGGCCCUUGCGGCGCAAGCAAAGAAGAAGUUACAAGAAGCAGACGAUCUACUGAAAUACGAGCCCGAUUUGCUAAAAGAUGGAAAGAUCGUGGCGCGCCAGAUGUACCAAAUGAUGGCAUACAAAUCGAAAUAAAAAAUAUCGGUAUUAUUAGCACGCGAUAACGCGCGAAAUAGUACGGAUAAAAUUUUGAUAUUGCUGUCUGAAACCUCUGUUUCACAUUGUCCUCGAGAAUGUAAUGAAAAACCGAUAAUUGCAGUACAAAAUAUGUCUUUUGUUGUAAAACAGCAACAGCUUCUUAAUAAAACAGUUGGGAUUUGAGUUUCGUUAACUGUCAUAAUAAUGACAGUUUCAAUAGAAACUGAUAUAACAUAACAGAUUACUGUCGAUUUCAGUGCUGAAACAAUAUUUUUCGAAGGACAUGUAAAACGUACGCGUUCUAUCUAUGUGUAUCUCCUAUAUACUCUACUCUCUAUACGUAUUCUAUAAUUCUCAAUAGGAAUUUAUUUUGUGUGAUAACUAUAAAACAUUAAAUGUUGUAUUAAAAUAUACAUAUUAGAGUUCAUUCAUA